UGACACAAAUCGCGAUUGAGAAUAGUUUGUAAACUUACACCGAAGAUCACUCAUCAGAAUCGUCAUGAAACUGUGGUCAGUUGUAGCGAUUGUUUUGCUCGUUAAAGUGUUUGAUGUUGCGGCAUUGCACAGGAAUCCAUUCGAUGUGAUCAGAGGUUGUAAGCAGUACGACCAAGUUGAAUCCUACGACGCAACUCUUACAUACUUCCCGACCACAAGUCUACUCCAUGUUGGCCAUACAGAAAAUUCUAAGUAUUUUAAAAUCGCCGUCCUGGGUCGGAACGAUGGAAUCAUUCGGUAUGGGGACUCCUUGUUUCCAUACGAUAAGUACGUGGUAGAGAUUGUAUUGGGAGGAUGGGGAAAUACACAAAGUGCUGGCCGACACCAGUAUCGUAAAGCCUCGAAUGAAAGCAACACUAACCAGCUGGUCGUGGCCCAAACGCCGAACUUAUUAUCAGAGUUUCAGCCCACCAUGUUCGUGCUGGAAGUUUUCCACAACGGCAAGGUACAAGUUAGCAUUGACGGACAAGAUCAUCCUUUCCUGUCGUUCACCGAUAGUAGACGUAUUCCUGCCAAUUAUGUGGCUAUCACCAAGUGGGACAAGGACGUGAUUUUUUUCUAUGAUUGUCCUCUUAAGAGUACGAACGUUUUGUACAAUUCCUUGCUUCUAAACUGCACUGUGGUUUAGUAACUGGCUUUUUAAAGGAUAUUCCAACCGUAAAGUCGAUGUUUUGUAGUCACUAUUCAAGAGUGGCCCGGUAGUGUAUUUGGUAGCGGCGCCAGUCCCACACCGAUCCUCCGUAGUGGGGAUUGACUAUAUUUGUUGAGGCAUCAGUUAGUUCAUAGCGCGAAAUUCAAGUGAAUAAAACAAAUAUACAUAAAAUA